AUGCGAGAAAGUCGAUUAAAAGAGAUCAAAAUGAACCAACUCAUCAAGGAAAUAAUUUUUUACGUAUUCUACUUAACUCUACUCACGAUUGUGGCCUGUAACAAUCAAGACCCGAGGUCGUUCCUCAUCAAAAACACUCUUCUCAAGGUUCUGCGAACUGAUACGUUUCCUAAGAUUAUCCGACCGCGUCAGUUCUGGAACUGGACCAAUGUCACUCUGCUGCCACAUACUUACACCUCGACCUUAUUGAAUGGGGCGCCUGCUCAGCGAGGAGAUUUUCGAAUACUGACUAGUGGCGUGGGUUACCGUGUCGGACCUGUUCGUUUGCGGCAAUUAAGGUUUUGGGUUGUUUGUUUUGUUUCUGUGAUUUUUUUUUCUUUCGUUGUUUUUGUUUUCUUUUUUUUCUUCUCUCUCUGUUUUCUUUUUCUUCUCUCUUUUUCUUCCCUUCUUUUUUUCUUCUCAUUUUCCUCUUUUUCUCUCUCUCUGUUUAUCUCUUUUCUCUCUCUCUGUUUAUCUCUUUUUCUCUCUCUCUGUUUAUCUCUUUUUCUCUCUCUCUGUUUAUCUCUUUUUCUCUCUCUCUGUUUAUCUCUUUCUUUCUUUUUUCUCUCUCCCUCUCUUUCUUUCUCUCCCUCUUUCUUUGUCUCUCCCUCUCCCCUCUUUCUUUGUCUCUCCCUCUUCCCUCUUUCUUUGUCUCUCCCUCUUUCUUUGUGUCUCUCUCUCUCUCUCUCUCUCUUUGUGUCUCUCUCUCUCUCUCUCUCUCUUUGUGUCUCUCUCUCUCUCUCUCUCUCUUUGUGUCUCUCUCUCUCUCUCUCUCUCUUUGUGUCUCUCUCUCUCUCUCUCUCUCUUUCCUCUCUCUCUCUCUCUCUCUCUCUCUCUGUCCCUCCUCUCUCUCUCUCUCUCUCUCUGUCCUCUCUCUCUCUCUCUUUGUCCCUCUCUCUCUCUCUCUCUCUCCCUCUCUCUCUCUGCGGUUGUUCUCGUGUCGCGCCACUGCACGGAUUGAUAGCCAACUGCAACGAAGAUUAUUCGUUUACAAACGAAGACGAACAGAACUACAAAUCCAAGUGGCAGGCUCUCCCACGAAACGCUUCAGCUGUCGGCCAAGCGUCCAACUCCGCCUGGAGAUACCGUCAUCACAGCGAAAUCGGGGGUAUCCCGAUCAUGGAGCAGGAAGUGCAGACAUUUCGCCAGCUGAGAAUGAAAUGCUUCAAUAGUUUUUGGAACGUUCUGCAGACUCUAAACCUCAGCGCCUCCCUUGUGGCCGUGGCAAUGUACAUUAUGCGUCAUGUAAUGACGAACUCUGCUAUUCAUAUGGUAAAAAAACUGAAAGGUGAAUUCUACAACUUCCAGCGUUUGUCGUUUUGGAGCGACACUUUCUCUGUGAUUCUUGCGUUGUCUGUAUUCCUGUCGACUCUAAAAUUGAUUCACCUCCUCCGUUUCAACCGUCGUAUGUCGAUGCUCUCUCGGACUCUUCAUCACGCCGCCAAGGACCUGUCCGCCUUUUCAAUGGUGUUUUCGGUAUCUUUCUUCUCGUACGCCUGUCUCGGCUACAUGCUGUUCGGCACCACAGCCGCCGCCUACGCCAGCAUCGUCAGCAGCCUAGAAACGCUGUUCAUGUUCGCCCUCGGGAAGUACCAUUACCACACGUUGCGCAUGGCUAACUGGAUCCUGGGUCCCAUUUAUUUCUUUUCUUUCACCAUGUUUAUCACGUUCAUUUUGCUGAACGUGUUCGUGACUAUAUUGAACGAUUCGUUCGCCCUGGUACGCAGCGAUAUCUCCAAGCAGGCUAACGACUACGAGCUUGUGAACUUUAUUUUGGGCCGAUUUAAAGAAUGGCUUGGAAUCGACAUUGAGCACUUCUUCGUCAAUAUCAGAAAGAAAAAGCCGGAGGAAAAUAAUCGUGAAGGUGUUGAUAGUGUGGAAAGAGUAAGAGAAGCAAUGUCGUUUAGCAAUGUCGGUACUUUUUCGUUGGCAAUGUCGUGUACUUUUUUCGUUGGCAAUGUCGUACUUUUUUAG